UGGGAAUAACCCUUCAAAUGUAAACCGUCAACCGUAGUUACUAUGGUUACCAAAACAAAAAACCUAAACUCCUUUUACUUAUUUUAUUCUAUUUAUGUCAUCUUUGUUUGCAAUUGAAUAGGAUUUCGAAUAUUAACUUUAUAGAUGAUUAAGUUAUGGAAUUUUAUUCUGUAAUUGGUCGAAUCGGUGAAGGUGCUCAUGGUAUUGUUUUGAAAGCAAAACAUAAAGAAUCGGAUGAAACUUUUGCCUUGAAGAAGAUUCCGUUAAAAUGCCUUGAUGAUGGUAUACCAUGUGUAACUCUUCGAGAAGUGAAAGCCUUACAGCAAAUCAAUAAUAAAAAUGUUGUUAAACUACAUGAUGUCUUUUCUUAUGGGGCUGGUGUAGUACUAGUUUUUGAAUAUAUGCCUACUGAUCUUUCUAUAUUAUUGAGAGACACUGAAAAUCCUCUCACAGAUUCUCAAAUUAAAGCUUAUCUUAUAAUGAUUUUAAGUGGAGUUGCAUAUUGUCAUAAUUUAGGAAUCAUGCACAGGGAUUUAAAGCCAGCAAAUUUAUUAGUUUCAUUUUCGGGUCAUUUAAAAAUUGCUGAUUUUGGUCAAGCUGAUUUAUAUAAUAAAGGAAGAACAAAUUAUAGCCAUCAAGUAGCUACAAGGUGGUAUAGAUCUCCAGAAUUGUUGUAUGGUUCACGUUCAUAUAAUGAAGCUGUUGACUUAUGGGCCAUAGGAUGUAUUUUUGGUGAAAUGUUAAAUAAGUUUCCCUUAUUUAGGGGAGAAAAUGAUAUUGAACAAUUGUGCUUAGUCCUUCAAACUCUUGGAACACCAUCUGAGGAAAUUUGGCCUGAAAUGGUUGAUCUGCCUGAUUACAACAAAAUAUCUUUUCCCGAAUAUAAUCCCAUUCCAUGGGAGAAAUUAUUUCCUGAUGCUACUAUUGCUGCCAGAGACCUCUUGCAGCAAUUUUUGGUUUAUCCAUCUGAUAAAAGAAUUAAAGCUGAUCAGGCAUUGAUACAUAAUUACAUAUUUGAAUACCCACGACCAUGCUGUGAGUGUGAUUUACCAAAACCUAGUCUUAACAAACAUGGUUUUUUGCCUAAUAUCCCAUCUCCAGAUCUAGAAGUAAAUGAUAAAAUUGACUCAGUUGCAAAGUGUUUGAAUGAAAUUCUGUCCAAAGAAAUUUUUAAUGUUGAAGCAUCUUGAUAAUUAAUUUUACCUAUCAUAAGUUUAUAAUUCUCUUCUGUUUAAAACAUAUUAUACAUUAUAAUCACAGCCACAUUUUUCAAAGUGCAUUAAGUUACAGUUUAUGAUAAAAUGAAUUUAAUAUUUUCUGCAAUAUUGUUAUGUGGUUUAUUUAUUAUUUUACAAUAUUGUUAUGUAAUUGAAUUAUUAUUUUGCAAUAUUGUGAUAUAGUUUAAUUAUUAUUCUGCAAAUAGUUCUACUUUUCUAAUUUCAUAUAUUUUUCAAGCAAAUUAGUAAUGAGUGAUAGGUAAACCCAAUAGAGAUAAGUAAAUUGUGUUAUAAAUUUAUGCAAUAUGGCAGUACCAUCGCAUAAAAUAUGCUUUUGCAAAUUUUUCUUAUAGAAAUUUCAUGUUAUUGGCUCUGCAUUGACUUAUUUAUGUGUAUAGUAAUAAGUAAAUUAAGUGUAUAUUAAUUGUCUUAUUUAAGUAAAUGAUAAUGAAACUUACAAUAACUAAUUUAAAUAUGAUAUUUUUUAAAUACAAACUUGAUAAUCAUUAUUGGGAAUAUGCAGUUUAUCAAUAGCAUUGUAUUUGUUAGUUAGCUGUUCCAAGAAUAAUACAUUAUAAAUAAGCAAAAAAGGUUUUAACCCGUGCAAAAAAAUAUAUUCUACCCAGGAAAAACAUGAAAAAUGUUCAAACUGAAAAAAACUGUGCUCAAGAGUUGCACAAUCUUGUACAGCAAGUUGUGGUGAAAAAAAUAAAGCCAUUUAACUAUUGCUGUUUAGACAAAUGAUGUAUAUUGUUUCCUUUAUUUUUUUUUUAUGCUGAUUUAAAUGAGAACAAAUAUUAUAUGAGCCUAUAAGGGUAAUAAUUAAGGUUUAUUUGCAUGAAAAGUGCUAUUUUUGACCUUAUUUACGUGCCUUACAUUUCUAUCCAGACUAGUGAGUUAUUGUUUGCUAUGUAUUUUUUUUUAAAAUCUUAAAUGGAAUGGCACUAAACCUGUGUGGAUAAGAUAAAUAGUUUAUAAGCUAUCAGGAGUGUAUUCAUGAACUAAUUGUCUAUAUAUUUAUUAUUUUGAUCUGCAUUUAAGUUCAGUGUGAAUCUAUUGAAAUCUAAAUCUGUUUGUUCGAAAUAGCCGCAAAAAAUAACUCAAAUAUAAUAACCGCAACAAUAACAGGCAUAUCAUGGAAUGUCGUACUUUAAAAUGAAUUUCCUUAUAAACUAAUGUCUCUCAAAACAAAUAUGAUGUCAGAAAAUAUUUAUAAUUGUUUAUUAUUAUUAUUUUUAAUUUUAGCUUUGCAAGAAAUCAUUUAAAUUUCUUUAAUGUCUUGAUUUUAUAUUACUAUGUUAUUGUUUUAAAUUAAAUGAAUUUAUUUUUUUAUAUACUGUUAGUUUUAAUUUCUAUUACUAGGAAAAUAAAAAUAAAAUGUUGCUCAUUUCAAACUUCUUCGAAUUUUAUGUAUGUUGAUUGA